AUAUAAACUAAACAAUUUAAAUUUUUGACUAGAAGAUCGAUGAGUUAUUGAAAGCCGAACGGAGGAUUACGCAAAUCUGAAGUGCCGCUGUCCAAAUUAACGAUUAUCGAUUUUUUUAUGAUCGCUAUUAAAAAUUGAUAUUAUACAAUACAUCACUGUGAUCGUAAGUUUGUUAAUGACACGUAGUUUUUACGUUACUGAGGAUCGUGAACGGACAAUACAAUUUAUGGACUUUUAGUUACAAUUUGGAAUUCGCGACAGUAUAAUAUACAAACAUGAUUCACUCGUGGUCGAGAAAAACACUUUUUGAAACUUUGAGUAGGAAAAAAACAUUUUCGGCAGAAAGUAAACAGGAAAAAGACAAAUUAAAACGAGUGUUAAACAUUUUUGAUUUGACCGCUUUGGGCAUUGGCGCUACGUUAGGAAGUGGUGUGUAUGUGUUAGCCGGGACAGUGGCAAAAUCUAUCGCUGGACCAGCGGUGGUGUUGUCUUUCAUCGUAGCAGCGAUCGUCUCUUCGUUUGCCGGAGUUUGUUAUGCCGAAUUUGCCGGCCGUGUGCCAAAAGCUGGAUCUGCGUAUAUUUACAGUUACGUGGCCGUUGGAGAGUUUAUCGCUUUUAUUAUUGGUUGGAAUAUGUUUAUCGAGCACACUAUAGGUACAGCAUCCGCUGCCAAAGCCAUGACAAAUUAUUUAGACUCUCUGCUCGGUGAUCCUCAAAAGAGGUAUAUGAUAACACAUUUUCCAAUGCAUAUGCAGUUUAUGGGCGAAUAUCCAGACGUCGCGUCGUUUUUAUUCCUCAUGUUUAUUGCAUUGGUUAUGGCUUGGGGAGUUCGGAAGUCUUCCACUCUCAAUACAGUAUUUACUACAUUCAACUUACUGACCGUCGGCACUGUCAUAGUGAGUGGACUUUUUUUUGUUAAAAUUUCGAAUUGGAAUAUUUCAAAAAGCGAAAUUCCGCCCGGAGUGGACGGCGGAAAUGGUGGAUUCGCGCCAUUUGGUUGGAGUGGAAUAAUUGCAGGAGCGGCAAGAUGUUUCUAUGGAUUUAUUGGAUUCGAAUCUAUUUCUACAACCGGUGAAGAAACAAAAAAUCCGAAAAAAACAAUUCCGUUGGCAAUAGUUUUUACGUUAAUCUUUGUCACGUCGGCUUACUCUGUAGUGGCCUCAGUGUUGACCCUGAUGUGGCCGUAUUACGAUCAGGAUCCUAACGCACCGUUUCCAGUCAUUUACGAAAAUCUGGGUUUACCUGUGAUCAAGUAUAUGGUUACCUGUGGCGCAGUAUUCGCACUUUUCACCUCUUUAUUAGGAUGUUUGUUUCCAAUACCACGAAUCCUGUAUGCCAUGUCCUGCGAUGGCUUGUUGUUCGAAUUCUUAUCAAUAGUUAAUGAAAAGACCAAGACGCCAGUCAUAGCCACAAUGAUAUGUGGAAUCGGUGCAGGCAUUUUGUCAUCCAUAUUCAAUCUCGAACAGCUCGUCGACAUGACGUCGAUCGGCACCCUCAUAUCAUAUUUGAUCGUUUGUAUCUGUUUACUAGUACUCAGGUACAGAGACACUAACUUGGAAAUUAAGGAUUUAGAGAGUAAUUCUGAAGACUAUAAAAUGUACAAAUGGUACAGUUUGUUCAACUCAAAAGUUACGAACACGGAUACUCAGUAUAUAUCGAGAGUAUUGAUACUUGUUUACACUUUCAGUGCGUGUGUAUUUUGUAUUUGUAUGGUGAAUAUUGACUGUUACGAAGGAGCAUUUCAGUUACCGUUAAUCAUUCUAAUCGGGGUUUCAAUCACAGUAUCAUUAUUUUCCAUGUUAAUGUUACACAGACUUCCACAAGCAAUAGAAACUUUAGCGUUUAGGGUACCACUUGUUCCUUUUAUACCAUGUGUGAGUAUAACUCUCAAUUUAUACCUUAUGAUGGAACUCAGUAUCAAGACGUGGAUAAGAUUUGGGGUUGGACUUGUAUUAGGGAUAAUCAUAUAUGUGUUCUAUGGCAUUCAUCAUAGUUUAGAAGGCAGCAAAAAACGAGUGAUAAAAAAUGAAGAAAAUAUAAGCACGCCGAGAAUCUCUUCCUAA